UUUGGAGGUAAAGAAUAUGCUGCUCACAGCAAUGAUAUUUAGCAAGAUGGAGUGUACUACUCCAUGGAAACUGAAACAUAAAGCAAAGUUCUUUAGGUUAGGUGUAGAGAGUAAGCCACAGCAUCAUGCCAAUGAAAUGAGUCAUGCACAAGGUUACUGCUCCAUUAAAAAACGAGCACUCCAUAACCCUUUGCGUUGUAAGUACAAUAUUGACAGCUGGUUUGGAUAAAUCAGAAGAGUUUGUCCUGAAAAUUUAGGGUUUGGCCCCGUUGAGUUCUUAGGCUUGUUUGGCAUGUUACUAACUAUUGAAUUCCCGUAGAAGAGAAUCUGUAGCCUUCUUAUUUUAGUGCACGAUAUAAAACAUACCUUAACAAUCUUAGGCACCGUCUGAUUCUCAUGAGAUUUUUUUUGGAUUGUCUUAGAUUUUGUGAUAGCUAUUUAACGAUACAAAUGAAUGAAUUACCUACUACUACAUAAUCAUUGAAAACUUCUAGAAAAGAUAUUCUAAGGAACUUGUAUAUAGAAAAUUUUGUACAUGUAACACAGCGAUUGUGAGUUUAGAAAGCUUGCCGACAAUAAUUCAAAAUCUAGAAUGCGAAUUGGAUGUUACUCCACCACAGCUUCAACUCUAUCACUCCUUAUUUUUUUACUUCUGCUUAUACUUAUAAACCAAGAUUUAAAUUUUUACCUUAAACUUAGAGUUAAUUUUAUGGUUUUUUCACCGAAGUUUAUUUUUCACUCUUGCCUUUUUAGAUUACUGAGAAUAUGCAUAUAAAAUCUUUAUUUAUAAAUUAUUUCUUAUUUACAAAUAUGUUGUUGGGCACCCUAUCAAUUUUUAGAACCACGGUAGUAAAUAACUUGGGAUCACUGUCACUUGGUGCUACUCCUUGUUAAACCUGUUUGGAACAUGAGAACUGAACCAUUUCAAGCGAAACCUGCUCCAAAACCCGAUAGUGGAGUACCUGUAUUGGUUCCUCACUAACGGUAAUAUAAGAAUCGCAAUCAAACAGCAAAAUCUAAGGAGAAGCAGAGGAAGACAUCAGCAGCACUGCAGCAGCUCUUCUCUUCCUCUGCAGCUCGCAUUCUCUCUCUCCUCUGCAAAGCCUGCAACGCCUGCUGCUGCUGCGGUUUCUCUCUCUAGCUCAGCUGCUGCAGCUGCAGUGCUGCUCCUGCUGCUGCUGCCUCUUCUGUCCCUUCCCCCAACCUCUUUUGUCCGUUGCAUUGCACCUCCAUUAAUCCGAGCAGAGAAGGAGAUGCAUCCGUCACGCUCGCUGCACGCCAAGCCGCCAAGAAGCCACCACCACGCGCGCUCGCGCUCCCAGCUGCCGCCCGCCGCCAACCAAGAUUUCCAGUUCCAGUUUCAGCUUCUCCCCAAGGUGUUUCAGUUCCACAUGGACGGCGGCGGCGGCGGCGGUGAAGGGCGGGUUGUGGAUGCGGAUCGCGGCGGGAAGUUGCCGGAGAAGAAGGUUCUUGCUCAGCUGGACCAGGUGAGGCUCAGCAUUGCGUCUAGUGAGGACGAGGAGGGGGACGCAACGCCUAGGAGCUCCUUCUCCGGGGCGAGCCACCCGCCGGAGCCGGUCGACGAGAUGGAUACCGUGUUCGUUGCGGUGGAUGGCCGGGACAAGCCGGCCAAGCCGGUGAUCGUGUGGGACGCGUCCCCGACGCAGAGCGGCGCCGCGAGCCCGCACAGCAGCAUCGACAGCUCCGGCGCCGCGGCCACGGUCACCAGCAUCGCGCCCAGCUGCACCGUCACAAGCCUCAGCGCCAAGACCAGCGUCAGCAGCAGCGCGGCCAGCGACGGCAGCGGCUGGAGCCACAGCACGGCCGGCGCCGGCGCCGGAACCGGCUCCGGCGGGAAGCCGCACAAGGGGGGCGACCCGAGGUGGAAAGCGAUCCUCGCGGCGCGCGCCCGGGACGGCCCUCUCGCCAUGGGCAACUUCCGGCUGCUCCGCCGCCUCGGAUGCGGCGACAUCGGGACGGUGUACCUGUCCGAGCUGAGCAACGGCGGCGGCGCUGGCGCGGUGAGGCCGUGGUUCGCCAUGAAGGUGAUGGACAAGGCGUCGCUGGAGAGCCGCCGGAAGCUGAGCCGGGCGCAGACGGAGCGGGAGAUCCUGCAGCUGCUCGACCACCCCUUCCUGCCCACCCUCUACUCCCACUUCGAGACGGAAAGGUUCGCCUGCCUCGUCAUGGAGUUCUGCCCCGGCGGCGACCUCCACGCCCUCCGGCAGCGCCAGCCCGGCAAGCACUUCCCCGAGCACGCCGCGAGGUUCUACGCCGCGGAGGUGCUUCUUGCGCUGGAGUACCUCCACAUGCUUGGAGUGGUGUACCGAGACCUCAAGCCGGAGAACGUCCUGGUCAGGGACGACGGCCACAUCAUGCUCUCCGACUUCGAUCUCUCGCUCCGCUGCGCCGUCUCGCCGACGCUGGUCAAGUCAUCCCUGAGCUCCGAUCCCAAGAGGGCCAGUGCGCAGUCAUGCGCCCAACCUGCUGCUUGCAUCCAACCUACGUGCUUCAUGCCCAAGCUGUUCGGCCAGAAGAGCAAGAGGUCCAAGAGCAGCCAGCCGAGGCAGAGGCAUCAGCAGCAGCUGGCCUCGGCGUUGCCGGAGGUCGUCGUGGAGCCGACCGGCGCGCGGUCGAUGUCGUUCGUGGGGACGCACGAGUACCUGGCGCCGGAGAUCAUCAAGGGGGAGGGCCACGGCAGCGCGGUGGACUGGUGGACGUUCGGCGUGUUCCUGCACGAGCUCAUGUACGGCAAGACGCCGUUCAAGGGGCAGACGAACCGGGCGACGCUGUUCAACGUCGUCGGGCAGCAGCUCCGGUUCCCGGACUACCCGCCGACGAGCAACGCCGGCAGGGACCUGAUCAGGGGCCUGCUGGCCAAGGAGCCGCAGGCCCGGCUCGGCGUGAAGCGCGGCGCGGCGGAGAUCAAGCAGCACCCCUUCUUCGAGGGCGUCAACUGGGCGCUCAUCCGAUGCAGCACUCCCCCCGGCGUGCCAAGGGCCGUCGAGCCCAUCGUCGUCGCCGCCCCGCCGUCCAAGCCGCCGCCGCCGCCGGUAGUCGACACCGUGCAGAUGACAAUGCACAGCAACAUCAACAGCAACAACAGCAGCAGCAACAGGAUGAUGGCAGGGCCGCCAGAGGUGGAGUCUGGAGGCAAAUACCUGGACUUUGAGUUCUUCUAGCAAGGUGAAUGCAAAUCUGCCAAUAUUGCAGCCAGCACGUAGCUGAGUUGUUUUAGAGCAAAAAAAGAUGAAGUUUUUAACCAUACUUGUUGUAGUUUGAGUUGUAACUGUAGUCACUAGUCACUCCCAUACUUUGCACACUUGGGAAAAAUGACUUGUUCCUAUCUAACCAGAUGGUUGUGCUGCUGUAUUUUCCUCAUGUGGUCUGCUGCAAUUCUGUCACAGAUGAACUAUAGUUACAGUAAAUUCUCUGGUAGGCUAAUGGAGUACCAAAAGUUUCCA